UAUAAAAGUAAAAAAAUGCACAUUUUGUACAAAUUGAUCAAGCAAAAACUCUAGGGGGGGGCUUACUGUCCUACGGACACUUUAGUACCAAAACUCGUUGCUAAAAUUUUUACUGCGGUUAUAUUCCCCACAUGGUACAAAAGUCCUGCAAAUAUGAUUUGUCCCAGCUCCGAAGUUUCCAUAAUUUAGUUAAAUGCCAAUUAUUGAUACCAAUAUCCUAUAUUUUUUAAAUAUUAACAUUAAUAAGAUAAAAAUUAAGUAAAAGCCUUUCACUGCUAUAGUAACAGUAUUUACACAUUAAAGAGAAAUUCGACAGCCAUUUUGAAGUAUAGAUAACAGCUGAUGAAGCAUACCCACACGGCUGUUUAUUUAUCUUUAUUGUACCGUUUUAAUAUAAAAAGAGUGUAAUGUAUGACUGACUAAUGAAAAUUAUUCUUCACAAAAUCUUUGAUUUUGCCAAAAUUAAUGACGGAUGUUGUUAGUAUUAUUAGGAAUGUUAGUUUCUUUUUAAUAAUGUGAAAUUGGUAACUGUUAAAUAUUUAUCAUUCAUAUUAUAAUUGGUUAUUAUCAUUUAAAAACUUUCAAUUGAAAUUGUGAAUAUUUCUAAGAAGUUUUGUUUGUACAAACAAUUGGACAACUACAAUUGUAUUGAUACACGUUUUGCAUGUUAGUCUUAAAAUGACUGUUAGUGCAAAUUGGGACAUUAAAACAGAUUUAUUUCUGAAUGAUGAAAUUAUUAACCAAUAUAUGGAUUUGAUAACUCAAAGAUCCCCUGAAACAGUAUAUGCAUUUAAUACAUUUUUUUAUUCUGCAUUAUCAGACAAAGGAUACCAACAUGUUAGUCGUUGGACUAAAAAAGUAGAUAUUUUCUCAAAAGAAAAACUUUUUAUUCCAGUUCAUAUAGAAGAGGAUAAUCAUUGGUGCUUAGUUUAUGUUGAUUUUUUAAAAAAAACAAUUAAGUAUUAUGAUAGCUUAGGAGGUCGUAAUUUUAUGUGCCUCAAGCUAAUUUUAAAGUAUUUAAUGAUGGAACACAUAAACAAAAAAAAUGUUGAUUUUCGACCUGGUGGUUGGUCUUUAUUAAAUGUAAAAAAAUGCCCAAAACAGAACAAUCUUUGGGAUUGUGGAGUUUUUGUAUGUAUGUAUGCUGAAUAUUUAUCAAGAAAUCAACCUUUGACUUUUAGUCAAAAAGAUAUGGGAAGAUGUAGAAAACAAAUUUAUUUUGAAAUAAAAAAUAAAAAAUUAAUCAAGUAAUAUUUGUAAAAUUAUAAUAUUGUAAAUAAAUUUUUAUAAAUUGACAAUAAAAAUAAUGUUAUUUAAUAUCUAUUACGCCAAAUGUAAAAUAAUUAUUUAAUAUAAUUAUGGAGUAGCCUGCAACUUAAUUUGAAAAACAAUUGAAAUUCUCACAGACUAU